UAUAACUCAGGGAAGUAGGCUAUAAUGCACCAUCAUAGUCUCCUUUUCACACUGGCCUUCCGUUCCCCAAAACACAUACGUUGAGGGGCACAGAGCUCCGUAUCAGACAGAAAAGUUAGUUGUGGAUAUUGAGUUUACCCCCGUUUAGUUUUAAAGCAAAGCAAUGUCGCGGGGAUCGAAUGCUGGUUUCGAUCGACACAUCACCAUUUUUUCGCCUGAAGGCCGCCUCUAUCAAGUCGAGUAUGCCUUUAAAGCCAUUGCCCAGAGUGGCCUGACGUCUGUGGGAUUACGAGGAACAGACUGCGCCGUGGUUGUCACACAGAAGAAAGUCCCGGAUAAGCUGCUUGAUGCAUCCACUCUGUCCAACAUGUACCGCCUCACCCCCCGCAUUGGCUGCGUGAUGACUGGACAUUAUGCUGACAGCCGGUCCCAGGUGCACCGAGCGCGGGUGGAGGCGGCAGAGUGGAAGUACAAGUACGGCUACGACAUCACGGCGGACAUGCUGUGCCGGCGCAUGGCAGACAUCUCGCAGGUGUACACGCAGAACGCCGAGAUGAGGCCUCUGGGCUGCUGUAUGAUCCUGAUUGCCAUUGAUCCCAAGUUUGGCCCCGUGCUCUACAAGUGCGACCCGGCUGGCUACUUCUGUGGCUUCCGGGGCACAAGCGUGGGCGCCAAGCAGACAGAGGCCAACAGCUACCUGGAGAAGAAGCUGAAGAAGAAGCCAGAUUUACCUUACGACAGGACCGUGGAGAUGGCCAUAUCCUGCUUGUCCUCAAUCCUGUCUCUGGACUUCAAGGCCAGUGAGCUUGAGGUGGGCGUGGUCACCAAAGAAAACCCCAAAUUCAGGACACUCACAGAAGCGGAGAUCGAAGUGCAUCUGGUAGCCAUUGCGGAGCGGGAGUAGGCGUGCACUCAUAUCAGACACACAGACAGACUGACUUGCAGACAAGAGGGGAGUUUCCAUAGGACGUUUUUAAAUUGUUUCAGCCUCUGCUUUUGGCCCAAACUAAAUUGACAAGUCCUUGCAGCAUUUUUAUUUCAUUAAAUUCCUAUAGUGUUCUGCCCAAUAUAAAAUUUUUGUUAGUCAUCCAUUGUGUGUAUAUCGAAUGGAGUGGUUAACUUUGACUUUCAUCAGAAAAAUAAAUCCUCUUACCAAUUGACUCUACCCGGAGCCAGAAACUUAAUAUGACAUCUCCUAUUUCACACCAUGGUUAAAAGGUACAGACACAUAUUAGCACACUUUCCUUCACUGAAUUGUAGUGGUUUGGUAGCCAUUUUGAGCAAACAUCAGAUAAUGUCAUCUCAAAAUUGUUGUUCUCAUGUGGCUAUCCAAAAAAUAAAACUAAAUCCAGCAAGAUGUAUUUUGCCCCUUACUCAUUAACUGACUGCCUGAGAGCGGCCUCCCCUAGAAUAAUAAUAUUUACUCCUUUUACCACUAGAUGGCGAAAAGGCUUGUAAAGAUUUUGAAUCCUUUUCGCAGUGCUUUUUCAGUUCUGAUUAAAAUGAAAAGCAAUAUCAUAAAAUGCCACUGGAUCAUAAUUGAAAGUUGAAUUAAUUUCAAAAUGGUUACUGUAGCCCUGUAGGAAUUUGACCUAAUUAAGGGACAGGUCUACAGAUUCAGUGUCAUCGCAUUUGUGUGUGUUGUUUAGAAUGUGAGUGUGUACUGAUGACUGAUGACAAGGCGUCUGCUACCCCCCUACUGUCUCCCCUCUUGGCCAAUGAGGCUCCGUGCGUGCCUGCCGCCAUCUUGUUUUGUUGGUAUGCUGCCAUUUCAUCCAUCUUCUGC